AUGGCAGGUGGUGGUGGGGGUGGUGGCGGUAGUACUUCAACAACGACAAGUAAAUCAACAACAACAACAGCAACAACAACAACAUACACACCAACAAAAAUUACCAGAACAGCAGCAUCAGCAGUCAAGUCAACAACGACAAGAAUAUGCUCCACCACAAGACCAAUAUUCACCGCCAUACAACCAGUAUCCGCCUGCACCAAACCAGCAUCUACCACCACCCGACCAGUAUCUUCCACCACCAAACCAGUAUCCCCCACCACCAAACCAGUAUCCUCCACCAUUGUUAUCAGAUAUAUCUGA